GAAUGUUUUCAAGCAGCUAUGGCAGAGGGGACAGAGGACAGCUGGACUUAGGCUGCCUGCCUCGGCCCCAGUGGUGCAGGAGGGGAGACGAUAAGAGUUCCAGUAGAGUGGAUCGAAAAGUGUGUUUGACAGCCAGCACUACGAAGUCCUCGGUUUCUUGUGAAGUGCGGGAAGCCCCAGAGGAAAUGACAGAGCCACUGAAACAGUGUGCAGCCUGGCUUCAGGCCUAUUUCUGCGAGCCCUGGACAACAGAGAAACUGCCAAUGCCUCCUUUCCACCAUCCACUUUUGGAACAAGCGUCAUUCACCAGAGAUGUGUUGCGGACCCUGUUGAGAGAUGUGAAAUUUGGAGAAGCCGUUUCUUACAAGCAAUUAGCAGACCUGGCAGGCAACGGCAAAGCAGCCAGAGCGGUGGGAGGAGCUAUGAGAAACAAUCCUGUCCCGAUUAUAAUACCGUGCCACAGAGUGAUUUGCAGCAGUGGGCAGGCUGGCAACUACACAGGAGGAAGUCAUCUGAAAGAGUGGCUUUUGUCAUACGAGAAGCUUCAGAAGGAAAAGUUAGCAUAUUGAUGCAGUUCAGGCACAGCUGUUAUACAGCCAAAACACAUAACCAAAGAUACUUGGCUUAUAACAAGCUUUCAGAGCACACAGCAGAAUUCAAGAAAAUGGUAAAUAUUUGAGUGACAUAUAAAUAUAAUACAACAUCCGAAGCGAAAUGUGUGGUGGCACUACUAUAUUAAAAAAGCUGAAUGUGUCCUAAGGGAUCCAGCUCGUAUGCCCUUUCUUGUUUUUACAUUUUACAGCAGAAUGAGUACAGCGGACUGUGCCUGUUGUGCAUGUAUUUUGUUCCCCGUCUCCAGUGCUGUUUUGUUCUAUUUUUAAUGUCCAUUAAAGCAAGGAUAAGGGAGUGGGAGGGGCAUGGCAAAUGUUAGAUGCAACUGCCCCUCUAAGGAAGCAUCUGGCUCGCAGAGGGGACAGCCGGGAAUCCGAAGCCUUUUUGCAUGUGUUUGGAGAGCAAAAUUAAAUGCAUAAGCUUCGACACGCACACA